ACAAUUAGGAAAAGGAUCAGGUAAUCACAAAGCUUUUCAGUCCCUUCAAAGCAUUCAUUUAGGAGCUCUGACUUGGCUUUUGAAUCUUAUGGGCAAAGUUUGAUGUGGGUGUGUUAAUUCAAAUUCCAAAACCCUGUGAACCUGCAGUAAAGCAAUCUAACCACUCCUACCGUCCUGACCUUUUCCUCAGCAUUGAGACACAGCUUUUGUUUGUACAGUGAAGUUUAUCUGAUUUCAGAGCAGCUUUUUCUACAACUUAAGGAAAAAAGAAAAAGGCUAAAUAGCAUUUUAAUUUGGUAUGUGAUUGACUUACUUCAGUAGAGACUUUUAAACACUGCAAGGUUUUUUCUUGAUGGUCUGGCUGCUUGCUGCAGGAUAUAUUAUCCAAUUAUGAAGAUAAUCCUUUAUUUUGAUGAAUUGGUUAUCUUUCUUUUUUUUCCCAAUGCCUUCUCUAUUUCAUUCUGUGAGAGGAAAUGGCAAUUCUGUGAAGUCUGCAAACAUUGACACUUUUUUUUUCUUGACUGAAUGUUUACCUGGAACUUCCUGGUGCUUUUGGAUUGCGCAUCUGAGUGUGAAUUUAUAAUUCCUUGCUCUCUGCAACAGUCAGAUAGUUGAUGAACUGCAUUGUUGUUUCACCCAGAACAAUUUAAACUGUUACAUCAAGGAAAGUUGUUUGAUGAAAAAGAGCUGCAAUAGAUUAUUCUGAAAUGGAUUCCUACCGUACAUACUGGGCAUCAAAUAUAUGUAGUGAUCUAAGGUCAGAAAAAAGUCAAGAAGAAAAUACUUUAGAAGUUGAAUCUCGUGUACCUUUACCGUAUCCUUUUCGUUUCACUGACCAGUUGGAUGAUAAUAAUUCUGUGAUUGUCAAUACAUCACUUUUUUAUGUAAAGCACAAGAAAAAUGGACAUAGAUUAAGAAUUGUUUCAAAAAUUUCUUUGCCUACACCCCCUUAUUCACUUGAACAUGCAAAAGCUACACAAACAGAAUUGAUGCAAGAAUCCUUUAAAUGGGAACAUGAAGCUACUGAAUUAACCAAAUGUCAGGAAGAAUUACAAGAAAGGUUUGAUGAAGAGGUCAGAGCUAGAGAGCAGAUAGCACUGGAGCUUAGCAAAGCAGAAAAUGUUAUUGAUGGUUAUGCAGAUGAAAAAUCACUUAUGGAAAAACAAAUCCAGGAAAAAACAGAUGCAAUAGACCAUCUUGAGCAAGAGCUACUUUGUACAGGUAACAAAUUACAGGAACUAGAGGCUGAGAGACAGCACCUUCAAGAAGAGAAAGAAUUGCUCUUCAGACAAAAGGAUGCUAUGAAAGCUGAUGCAGGACCCAUAGAACAACGCCUAGUAGAUGCUGCAGUCGAUGCAGCUUCCCAAGCAGAGUUGUUGGCGGAGACAGAAAAGUUAAUGAAAGAAAAAAUAGAAGUGCAGCGGCAGGCUGAAAAAGAAUAUAACUACCUUCAAAAGCAGGUGAAAGCACUGGAAACUGAUAUAGAGGAGCAGGUCAACCAGUUUUUGGAACUAAAGCAAGAAAAAAAUGCAGAGCUAAUGGAUCUAAGACAGCAAAACCAAGCUCUGGAGAAACAGCUUGAGAAAACAAAAAAAUUUCUAGAUGAGCAGGCAAUUGAUAGGGAGCAUGAGAGAGAUGUCUUCCAGCAAGAAAUACAGAAGCUUGAGCAACAGCUUAAAAUUCCUCAAAGGUUUCAACCAGUUAGUGAACAUCAAAACAGAGAGGUUGAAGAGUUAACAAAUAAUCUUAAGGAAAAAACAGACAAAUGCAGUGAGCUUUUGCUCUCUAAGGAGCAACUUCAGAGAGAUGUGCAAGAACGGAAUGAAGAAAUUGAGAAAUUAGAGUGUCGAAUCCAAGAACUGGAGCAAGCUUUAAUGAUCAGUGCAGACAAUUUACAAAAGGUGGAAGAAAGGAAGCAAUUUGGGUCUGCAGCUGUAAGGGGGGACUUACCUCUAGAAGCACAACUACAGGCUGAGCAAGAAGCUGUAGACAGGAAGGAAAAAGAGAUCAUAAAUCUUGAAGAACAAUUAGAACAGUUCCGUGAAGAAUUAGAAAACAAAAAUGAAGAAGUACAGCAGUUGCAUAUGCAGCUACAAAUUCAGCUAAAAGAGUCCACAACCCGACAACAAGAACUUGAGCAAGAAAAUAAAUUAUUUAAGGAAGACAUGAAAAAAUUGGGGCUAGCUAUCCAGAAUCCUGAAGAUACUUCUAUAAAGGGUCAUCAUCAAGUUCCUGGGAAAUAUAUACAGAUCAUACAGGAAAAGGAACAGAAAAUCCAUGAACUCCAUGAACAAAUUUCAAAAUUGCAACAGCAGCUUGAAAUUACAACAGAUAAUAAAGUGAUUGAGAAGAAAAAUGAGCACAUAAAAGAACUGGAAGCCCAAAUAGAAUACUUAAAGAGUGACCAGGAACGUGUCAAGCAGAACAGUGAACAGGAAAUAGAACAGCUGAAUGAAGUUAUUGAAAAACUCCAGCAGGAAAUGGUGAAUAUUGAACACAAGAUACCUUUGGACUUUUCACUGACUCAAGAUGAUAUAGAUAAUUUAAAACACCAGCUUGAUGUUGUACUGGCAGAAAAAGAAGAUUUGGUGAUGCAAGUGGAAAAUAAUGUUGGACAGUUAUUGGUUACAAAGAAUGAACUUGAGGGGAAACAAAUAAAAAUAAUAAAGUUAGAGAAAGAACUAGACAUACUGAAAGAAGAACUUGAAAAGACUAGAGAAAAACAUAAAAAUAUGCCAACAAGAAAUGAUGAUGCACAAAUAGGAACAAAAAUUGAAGAAAAAAAUAAAAAUCCAGUCAUUGGAUCAACUCAAAUAUUAAGAAAUGAAGAAUCAUUAGAAGAUCAUGUGCAUGAAAAUGCCAAGGAUUCUUUUAGAAUAGGUACAAAUUUACAGGUACUUCAGAAAGCUCUAGAGGAGAAGGAUUUAGAGCUAAUCCAAUGCUACAAGCAUCUCAAGGAUUUAAAAGACCAAGCCCAGGCAGAGUCAAAAGAGCUCAAACAGAGAAUAAUAGAGCUGGAAGAAACCCUUGAGCAAAAGAUUGCUGCUGCCCUUGACGGUCAAACUGAAUUGAAUGUGGUUCUGGAGCAAAGUCAGCUUUCUCCCCAAGUACCUGCAGUUUCAGGAGAUGUCAAAGAAACUCUAUGUAUUCAAACAGAAAAUGCCAAACGUAUAGGUGGGGAAGAUGCAACGGCUAGGUUAUUAGAGUUAUCAGAGAAACUUUCAGAGAUGCAGAGCCAACUGGCAGAUGCACAGAAUAAUCUUCAACUAGAAAGAACAAAAAUGGAAAUUGUACAGAAGGAGGCAAAAGAAAAGGAAGAGAGACUUAUUGAACUUCAGCAAUUGCUAACAGAAGUAGAGCAAAGGCACAAAAGGGAGAAAUUGUCAAGCUCUAAGGAAGGAAAAAUGCAAACUCAGGUGAUCACAGACCUGACUGAAAACAAGCAAAGAAAUUAUCCUGAAUUAGAAAAAGUCAGAGCAGAGUCAGCUGCAGCCAAGGAAGAGCUUAAUAGCUACAAAGAAAAAGCAGAAAAAUUGAAAGAACAGUUAAUGGUAAAAGAAACAAGUCUGAUCCAUCUUAAAGACGAACUAGGGCACACCAGGAAUAAAUUAGCUCAGGCAAAAGAAAAAAUUGCAGGAUAUAUAAGGAAGGAAAAGAACACUGUAAAAUCAGAGCAAAUAGGUACCAAAUGGAUAAAUGCAUCAAGUCAGACUGAAAAAACACAGCUGAUCAACACCUGCAACCAAACCUCGCAACUCCUUGUCAAAAGUGAAGGAAUUCAGACUGAUUUACAAAAUGAAUAUUCUUCAGAAGAAGUUACAGAAAUCAUAAGAGAAUUCAAUGAAAAAAUUGAAGAAAUGCAGGAAUUACAUGCUGCUGAAAUAAUGGACAUGGAGACUAGGCAUAUCUCAGAAUCAGAAGUGUUGAAAAGAGAGCAAUUUAUUGCAGUACAAGGAUUAACAGAAGAAUGUAAUGCUUUGAAAAAUGUCAUAGAUGUCUUAAGAAAUAAAGAGGGGAUCCUGGGUAUAGCACAGUCUGCAACUUCUACUACCAGUGAUAGAUCCUAUGGUGACUCUGCUUCAGACUGGAACCAAGGAGCAUAUCUAGCACCAAGCCAUGGAUCAGAAACCAUAUCAGAUGCAGUAGGAGAUGAAGGGGAAACUACAAUAGAUUUUCUUCCAAAGAAAAUCAAGGGAUUGCUAAGAGCUAUUCAUCAUGAAGGCAUACAGGUACUUUCUCUCACAGAAUUUCCUUAUAAUGAAGGUGAAAUUGUUCCUACUAAACAAGAACCUUGGCUAGAAGAACGUAAGGCUUUCUUAAGCAGUAUUUCGUCUUUGAAGGAGUUAAUUGCCAAAAUGCAGAUUCAAAGACAAACAAAGUUUUAUGCAGACUCUGAAUCUUCUGACACUAUCUCAGAUUGGCGAGCUGAGUUGCUGUGUGCUGUUCAACAAAUCUUCCAAAAAGAAAAGGAUAUUCUUCUAGCAGCAUUUCAAACUGAAUUGGCAGAAGUAGGCGUUCAAGAUGCUGUGGGACUAAUAGAUCAGCUGGAAAGGAGGCUUCAAGAACAGGUGACAUAUCAGAGGAGUGCUUUGGAUUGCCUUCAGAAUGCAGACAGACAAAGUUUGUUAAUGGAAAUCAAUAUAUUACAUGCACAACUAAACAACGGACAAACUGAUGUAAAGGAAGAAAUAGAAAUUGAACCAAAAUGUCAAGAAUUGUUGGGAUACAAUAUGGAAAUGCAAAUAGAGCUCAAAAAUACCAAGGACAGAGCAGCUGAACUUCAGGAGCAGCUCAGCUCUGAGAAGAUGGUGGUUGCAGAACUAAAGAAUGAACUUGGGCAAACCAAGCUGGAACUGGAAACAACACUAAAAGCACAACAUAAGCACUUAAGGGAUCUGGAAGCUAUCAGAAAUGAACUUAAGGGAAAGGCAACUGAACUUGACAUCUUAAAAGAUACAAUCACAAGCGAACAGAAGAAAUCAAGGGAAUUUCAGUGGGCCUUGGAGAAGGAAAAGGCUAAAGUAGAACACAGUGAAAAAAGACAGAAAGAAGAGAUUGAGGAUUUGAAAUAUUCUUUUGAAAAUGAAAAACAGAAAAAUAUAGAACUGACUAAUCUGUUGGAGCUUGAAAGAGAGCUGUCAAAUGAUUUGCAAAAGAAGAUGGAAUCCCAGGAAACACUAAAUGCGGUCCAGCUAUCCCAGGAGCACAGCUGUAACUCUGAGCUCCAAGUACUGCUUGAAUCUGAGAGGCUCAAAGUUCUUGAGUUAUGCAGUGCCCUAGAGAGAGAAAAAGACUUAUGUGCCCAGCUCCAGAUGAUUGAACAGACAAAGCGGGAUGGAAGUUCUACACUUGCAGAAGAAUUAUUCAAAGAUCUGCAAAAACAAUUGGAUGAAAAGCAUAGCCGUAUAGUUGUACUGGUUAAUGAAAUGGAAAAGAACAAAUUGGAAUAUGUGCAAUUGAAACAACAGAUGGAAAAAGAAAGGCAGAUUCAGAGGAAAACUCUACAGGCAGAACAAGAUGCUAAUAUUCUGGCACAGAAAAAAAUUCAUGAACUGGAAUCCAGAGUGGGAGACUUGCAAUGGCAACUUGGAGAAGAGAGACAACAGGUUCAUCAGUUGCUGUGUGAUGAAAAGAAACAUCAAGAAAUGGUCCAAGAAUUACAGCAAAACAUGCAGAAAAAAGAGGUAGAAUCACAGGUGGAAAAAGCAACAUGUCAGACUGUAAAUGAGGUUACUUGGGAUGAAUCUAGUGAACGAACAAGAAAGUGGAUUUUCCAGCAAAAAAUGGGACAAGCUGAAACAAAAGAAUUGUCUUACUCUUCCCUAAUUGACAUUGGAGAAGGAGGAGGUGAUGCUGCUAGAGAAUCUCAAGAGCUUGAGAUGGUUAGGCAGAAGCUGAGAAAUGUGUUUUCCAAGUUGAAACAGUUGGCCACUAAAGCUGCCUGCAGAUUACCCUUUGAAAAAGCAGAUGAUGAAGACUUAAUUGGGAUACAAACUAACAUUGAAGAAGUUCUAUUAAAAUUACAGCUGCUAUCUGAUUUAUCCAACCUGGAGAUUAAUUCAGAUCUGCCAUCUUCAGCUUCAUUGACUGAAAGAUUGCUAAAACAGAAUGCUGAACUGACUGGGUUUGUCAGUAGAUUGAGUGAGGAAAAGAACAAUUUGAGGAAUGCAGUCAUGAAACUGGAGGAGGAACUGAGAAGAUAUCAACACAUAGGAUCUUGUGGAGACUCGACUUUUAAACAGUCCCUACGUAAUGGAAGAAAUGUUGAUACACUCAUUGCUGCUGAAAAAGAAGUCUGGAAUAAAGAGAAAUUAAGUCUGCAACAGUCCCUGAAGCAGGCUGAGGCAGAACUGGCCAAACUGAGAGCAGAAUUAAGAAAUGAGGCUUUCCUGAGAGAACUGGGAUCAGAUUCUGAAAAUACUGCUUUAAAGAGAGUUUAUGGAAGAUACCUGAGAGCAGAGAGCUUUCGGAAGGCUCUCAUUUAUCAGAAGAAAUAUUUGCUGCUCUUACUGGGUGGGUUUCAAGAGUGUGAAGAAGCCACUUUAACUCUUAUUACAAGAAUGGGCGGGCAGCCUUCCUACACUCAUCUGGAGGUCAUCACACACCAUUCAAAAAGUUUUACACGAUUUCGCUCAGCUGUUAGAGUAUUAAUUGCAAUUUCAAGAAUGAAGUUCCUAGUUCGAAGGUGGCAACGAGUUACUGGUUAUAAUUUAAUUGGCAUCAAUAGAGAUGGUUAUAGCCAGAACACAGGUAACGAAUUACGGUCUGAUUCAUUUCCUGGCAGUCUGGAACUAUGUGGAGAACCCAGAGCUGCUGCUUAUAGAUCCAGAUCAGAGCUAGAAUCCCUCAGAUCUCCUUUUUCUUACCAACAUAGGUAUCAGAGCAUCCAUACUGAUUUCAGCCCAGUUUCCCUUGCAUGUUCUCAGCUGCAGAAUUACGAUCCCGAUAGGGCUUUAACAGAUUAUAUUAAUCGUCUGGAGUCCCUACAAAGAAGACUCGGCAAUGUGCAGUCAGCACCUGCUUCGCAAACUCAGCUGCACUCCGCUAGCCGAAGAUAAUCUUUGAAAUAUUUUUGCCACCAAUUGUAACAUCAAAUGAAAUGCCUUCUGCAAAUAUAUGCUGCUGCUGUGCUUUUGUAUAAUGUAUAUAUUGUGGGACCAACAUGAACACAGCUCAAUGAUUGUAUGCAGUUCACCUUGCUGGCAUGUCACAAAGGCUAGAACUUAUGUAUAUAGGCACUUUCUGUGGUUGUUUGAGCCGGAUCAUUAAAUUUCAUGUAUAUUUGUGGAAUGCUAAUUUAAACACUUAAAUUAUUGAAGUGUGUAUUUAUCAAAUGGGUGAGAGGGUGAAACCUUUAUGUAUUGAAAUUGCUGAGUGCAUAGCUCCAGGAGCACAACUUUUUUCCAAUAAGGUCUAAGUGAAGGACUUUUCACAAUUUUAUUCUAUUUGCUACUGGAAUCGCAGAGAGAAAUAUCACUUCUAGAGACCUAUUUUUGUAAAGGUAGAAGUUUUGGAUUUUAUGGGUAUUUUGUCAAAGUGCUGAAAUAAAGAUGAUUUCAUCAUUUUAAUACAUGUCUGAAGUUAUUUUAAAAUGGGUUUUUGUAUUCUAAUUAAAUGAUAAAAUUUUUGUUUUAAAAGCUCUAAUACAUUUACUUGCAUUGACAUCCACUGUGGUACAUUUAUCAGUCCUUCACAGCAAAAACUAUUAGUUUUGUAGCAUUCAUCUUUUUCACGUAGCAUGAACUUCAGAGUAGGUUUCUUGGGGUUAGGCUCAGUAGGCUAAGGUCAACAGAAGCUUGUUGCCACAAAGUGGAUAAAGGACUUUGUUGUGUCUACGUAUGAGAAUUAGAGUGGGGAUGAAUCAGGUUGAAAUACUAAAAUCCUAGUUGGUUAUGAUACAUAUUGACAAGUGUUAUAUUCAUCAACUUUCACUCUCUUUAAUUAAAAACAUUAUUGAAGGUCAAAUGACAACUUUUUUCCAUUAUACAAAUAAUAUUCUAUAUCCCUAGUCACAUAACAAUGACUAAACAUUCCAAGUUUCUGCAGAAGAGCUGCUAAUAUUUCACUAAUCACCAUAACCAAUUAAUACUCCUAGUCACCAUGUAACAAAGACUAAACAUUCCAAGUUUCUGCAAAAGAGCUACUAGUAACUCACUAAUCACCUUAACAAAUUAAUAUUUUAAAAAUCCUGAAGGCUUUAUUGCUGUAUCCUUCAGACAGAGAUGACGUAUGUAAUAGCAAAUAUUCCAUAUGAUACUUGGAACAGACUGCGCAUUAUAUUAACCUAUCAUAUUAGGCUUCAGGAGUCACAGUCUUUGAGAUGAAGGCAACAAGAUUUGUUUUUCCUCAGUGAUUUUAAAACUCUGUUUUUUAAAAAAUGAUUAAAAUUUGAUUUUAA